AUGAGCGCAUUCAACCAAGAAGGCAAGGAAGCCUACCACGCCGGCCUCGAGGUGGCCACGACGCCCAACAAGCACUCGCCCUCCCCGCCGCUGGCCAUGGCCACUUCACCAAACCACCACCAGCAGAUGCCGGGACAGCAGCAACAACAACAACAAUACCCCAUGAUGCAGGAGUCCGGCGUCGGGACGUUUCCGGGAGGCUCCCCGCCGCCCAUGUCGGCGUAUCCGUACGACCACCCGCCGUCGCACCCGGCGUACUCGACGAUGGGGGACCAGCGCGCGCAGAACGGCGGCGCGUUCGCGGGCGCCGAGGGGCCGGCCAAGCGCGAGCCCACGAUCAUGGGGCUCCGGCCCGCGACGUUCUUCCUGAGCCUGGCGCUGCUGGUCGCCGUCGUUGUCGCGGCGGUGGGCGGCGGCGUGGGCGGGUCGGUCGCCGUGCAGAACGCGAGGAGAGACGGCAUAGCAGAGGGUCUCGCCCAGGCCAUGGCCAACGGCAGCGCGAGCGCCAGCGCCACCGUGACCCUGACGACGACCGUCUCGGCCGGGUCGACCUCGCAGCCGAGCUCGUCGUCGUCGAGCAACAACAAUGCCGUCGUCGACCCGCCCACCAAGGGCAAGCUCAAGCUCGACUGCCCGGGCUUGGACGGCAGCAAGCAGAUCAUCAACAUCAAGGAGCGCAGCUACACGUUCGACGUCAUCUGCGGCGCCGACUACAACGGCAAGGCCAUCGACAUCGCCGCCAUCACGACCUACUCGCUGCACGACUGCAUGCAGGCCUGCGCCAUGUACAACGUCAAGUACGGCUCCGAGAGCCCCUGCAUCGCGGCGGCGUUCAACACGGACCUGACGGGCAGCGUGGCGGCGAAUUUCGGCACGUGCUUCAUCAAGAACGCCACGGGGACGCAGGUCAAGAAGGACGUGAGCAAUAACGUCGGGGUGAGGCUGUCGGCGACGACGUGA